AUGACAUUCAAUCAACCGGGUUGUAUAAAGGAUGAUACUCUAUCACUAGGUUGUAUAAAGGAUGAUACUCUAUCACUAGGAUGUAUAAAGGAUAUUCUAUCACUAAGUUGUAUAAAGGAUUAUAUUCUAUCUCUAGGUUGCAUAAAGGAUGAUAUUAUACCACUAGAUUGUAUAAAAGUUGAUAUUCUAUCACUAGGAUGUAUAAAGGAUGAUAUUCUACCACUAGAUUGUACAAAGCGCAAUAUUCUAUCACUAGGUUGUAUAAAAGAUGACAUUCAAUCACCAGGUUGUAUAAAGGAUGAUACUCUAUCACUAGGAUGUAUAAAGGAUAUUCUAUCACUAAGUUGUAUAAAGGAUUAUAUUCUAUCUCUAGGCUGUAUAAAGGGUAAUAUUCUAUCACUAGGUUGUAUAAAGGAUAUUCUAUCACUAGGUUGUAUAAAGGAUGAUAUAUCACUAGGUUGUAUAAAGGAUGAUAUUAUACCACUAGAUUGUAUAAAAGUUGAUAUUCUAUCACUAGGCUGUAUAAAGGAUGACAUUCCAUCACAAGGUUGUAUAAAGGAUGAUAGUAUAUCACUAGGUUGUAUAAAGGAUGAUAUUCUAUCGCUAGAUCGUAUAAAGGAUGAUAAUCUAUCACCAGGUUGUAUAAAGGAUGAUUUUCUAUAA